CCUUUAUUUUAUUUUAUUUUUUAUUCAGUCCUUCCUUUUCGAUGUAUGGUUACAUAUAGUUACAUCUAUAAAAUAUAUACGAUGCCUUGACAGAUAGCAUUCAUUCCAUCUCAUAGCUCUUCUGUCCUUAAUUCCUUGCGGAGCUUUAAUCCAAUGGGGAUUGUUAGAGCCCAAGAUGCCUCCUCUUCAGAUUCUCCAUGUAGUUAUCAUGUGUUCUUGAGUUUCAGAGGUGAAGACACUCGCAAGACGUUCACUGACCACCUCUACACAGCUUUAAAGCAUAGAGGAUUUCGCACCUUUAGAGAUGAUGACGAGAUUGAAAGAGGAGAAACUAUUAAGUUUGAAUUGCAUAAAGCAAUUCAAGAGUCGAGGAUUUCAAUAGUUGUCUUCUCAAAAAACUAUGCUUCUUCGAGCUGGUGUCUUGAUGAACUUGUAAUGAUCCUCAAACGUAGAAGGACUACAGGGCAUGUAGUGCUACCUGUCUUCUAUCACGUGGAUCCAUCCCAUGUGAGGAACCAAAUGGAAAGUUUCGAAGAAGCAUUCACGAGGCAUGAAGAGAGAUUCCAUACAGAAGGGGCUGAAAAAAAAGAUGAAUGGAAAGGCAAGAUACAAGACUGGAGGGCAGCACUCAAAGAAGCUGCAGAUUUAGCAGGGAUGAGUUUACAAAAUCAAGUUGAUGGAUUCGAGUCAAAAUUUAUCCACAAAAUUGUAGAAGUGGUUGCAGACAAACUAAGAUGCACAAUCUUGGGCAAUUCACCCUACUUGAUUGGAAUGCAUUCUCGAGCCAAAAAUAUUGGGCUUUGGUUACAAGAUGAGUGUAGUGAUGUUGGUAUAGUUGCAAUUUGUGGGAUAGGUGGAAUAGGGAAGACAACCAUUGCCAAAUUUCUAUAUAAUUCGAACUUCUCAAGAUUCCAAGGUAGUAGUUUUCUUGCAAAUGUAAGAGAAACUCUAAAACAACCAAAUGGUUUACUUCAAUUACAAAAACAACUUCUUUCAGACAUUUUAAAGGGAAGAAAGACAAAGUUGUACAGUGUUGAUCAAGGAAUUGUUCAUAUUAAAGAUGCAUUAUGUUGCAAAAGAGUUCUUGUAAUUCUUGAUGAUGUGGAUGCAAUGGACCAAUUAGACGUAGUACUUGGAAUGCGAGAUUGGCUUUUUCAAGGUAGUAAAAUCAUCAUAACCACUAGGCGUGAGCGGUUGCUAAGGGCUCAUGAAGUUUGCCACAUUCACAAGGUUGAAAUUUUGGAUUAUGGUGAGUCCUUAGAGCUCUUUAGUUGGCAUGCCUUUGGGAAAAACCGUCCCAUUGAUGGUUUCAUAGAGGAUUCAGAAAGGGUGGUACAAUACUGUGGAGGGCUUCCACUAGCUAUAAAAGUUUUGGGUUCUUCUUUGUCAGGAAAAAGUUUAAAUGUUUGGAAAAGUCAAUUGGAAAAAUUGAAAGCAAUCCCUGAUUAUGAAGUUGUUGAAAAGCUCAAAAUAAGCUAUGACUCUUUACCAGAUGAACAUGACAAAAAUUUAUUCCUCCAUGUUGCUUGUUUUUUUGUUGGGAUGGAUGAAGAUUGGGUAGUUACCAUUCUAGAUGGAUGUGAUUUUUACACAACAGUUGGGAUUCAAAAUCUUAUUGAUAGAUGUCUGUUAGCAGUUGAUGAACGCAAAAAGCUUGUGAUGCAUCAAUUGGUUCAAGAAAUGGGAAGAGAAAUUGUUCGCCAAGAAUCACCUAAGGAACUGGGAGAAUGUAGUAGACUAUGGAAUCAUAAAGAUUCCUUCAAUGUCUUGAGAGAAAAUACUGGGACGGGAAAGAUUGAAGGUCUCAAACUUGAUAUGAAUUUUUUGGAGGAUAAAUAUGACAGGACAGUCUUUGGUAUCAAAAGAAAAUGUCAUUUUGAAGAAUUCCUUAGCACAACAUUGUUGUCAAAUGUAGGAAAUUCGUUUAAAAGACUUUGUUUUGGCACCUUUUCCUGGCAGACAGUAGGCACUGCUCCGGGAAAUUCAGAUAAGAUAGCUUUGGAAGUUGAUGCAUUUGCAAGGAUGCACAAACUAAAACUUUUGCAACUCAAAAAUUUACAAGUCAAUGGAAGCUUUGAAAAUUUUCCGAAAGGAUUACGAUGGUUGUGUUGGCACGGAUUCUCUUUCAACUUUAUAUGCGAUGAUUUCCCUUUGGAUAACCUGGUUGUUCUUGACAUGCAGUAUAGCAACUUGCAAAAGGUUUGGGAAGGAACCAAUUUUCUCAAAUCAUUAAAAAUCCUUGAUCUUAGUCAUUCCCACUGCCUUUUCAAAACUCCUGAUUUCUUGGAAGUACCCAAUCUUGAGCGACUAAUACUUGAAAAUUGUGCACGGCUAGUAGAGGUUCAUGAAUCUGUUGGACACCUUCAGAGACUUGUUUUAUUAAAUUUAAAAGAUUGCAAAAAUCUACGGAAGCUUCCAAGAAGCAUUGUUAUGCUCAAAUUUUUGGAAACACUUGACAUCUCAGGUUGCUCAAAUAUUAAGGAACUGCCACUAGACAUAGGGACUAUGGAUUCUUUAACAAAGCUCAAUGCAAAUGGAAUUGCCGCAAGUCAAUUACUCUCUACCACUAAGGAGGUCAAACCAUGGUAUUCAUUCAUCUGGCCUUCUCUAUCGAAACCAAGAAAAAGUGUAGAAAUUUCAUGUGCUCUUUUACCACGGUUUUUGGUACACUUAAGUCUUGUGGAUUGCAAUUUAUCAGGGGAUGCUUUUCCAAAGGAUCUUAGCAACCUAUCCUCAUUGCAGAUAUUAAAUCUGAGCAAUAAUCCAAUUUGUAGCCUCCCGAAUUGCAUCGGAGGUCUUACUGGACUUCAGAUCCUUGAAUUAGAUGAGUGUGAAAGGCUUCAAUCACUUAUAGUGGAGAAAAAUUUGAAAAUACUGUCGGCCGUUGGAUGUACAUUGGUGGAGAAAGUAACAUUUCAAUCAUUUCCAUCAACCAUAGAAUUAAAGCAUCUUUACGAUGCAUAUAUAAUGUGGCAGAAUUUGAAGGAUUUGUACUACUCAAAAUGUGGGUUUAAUCCAGGUCCAUUUACCCUGGAAUAUAGUAGCACUUGGGAGAAUCAAUUUGUUGUGAAAAACUACUGGAGACCAUUGUUAGUCUAUGGUACGUGGGACAAUAUAAUUGAGAUUAUGGGUGAGUUCAAGUUAGAACCCAUAGGGAUUAUUGACGUGGAGAUAAUGAAUAAUUUGGGCUUGCCCAACUUAGGAUCCAUGGGAAGCCCAACUGUUAUGCUUUCAAGCCUGUACUCAAAGAAUUCAAUGAAGCUUCCCCUACAGGGGUGUCAUGGUCGACAUAUAUUUUACGCUUAUCUUCCGGGAAGCGAGAUUCCAACUUGGUUUAAUCUUAAAAAUACAGGAUCUUCAAUAUCUUUUAUUGUGCCAUCGCAUUUCAAAAUUCAAGCCUUGAGUGUGUGUUCUAUUUAUGCACUUUCCAAUAAUACAAAAUAUCCCUACAUUAGUAACGCACAUACUAUUAUCAAUAAUAAGACGAAGAGUCUGAUUUGGAGUCAUUCCCCAUCAGUUUUUGGCAUUCCGGAAGGUGAUGAGGAUUUGAUGUGGUUAAGCUAUUGGAAGUUUGAAAAUCAAUUGGAAGGUGGGGAUGAACUAAAUAUUUCAGUGGUUGGAAAUGAAGAUUUUCAAGUGAAGGAAUUCGGAGUCCACCUUGUGUACAAGGAGCAAGAAGAGAAGAGUAGCCAAUCAACUAGUGAAGAAGCAUCCCAAUUACAGUUCUCUCUCUAUGGAAAUGUUGUUCCUGGAAAUGCGUCUACAGUACAUCCGGCGAGCAAAAAAGUCAUCCGUCUUGGCGAUCAUUGGUUGAAUUGUUCGAUUUGUGACGGUCUAUAACCUCAAUCUUUGUGCACUAACUUGGCAAUUGGUUGCUUCGGGACUAGUGAGAGAUUUGGUAGGCAAUAAUUCUUGCUCUUUCUCCUUAUAAUUCUGUUAUGUUGUGCGAUGUUAAUAUGUUAUAUGUUGGAUAUUGUUCAGGAUGUUAAUGAUUUUGAAUAACUACAAUGAAUUUUCAUUCUUUUCUCAGCAUUUGUUGAAGUUGUUACUGGGUUAUUUAUUUUACUUUGGAAUUACUGAUAUGUGCUUUGCUAACCAGUGUCAGUUUCAAGCAUGGCAGAGGAAGUAUUCUGCUUUAUUUGGUUUGGAGAUGGAUGUGCUCUCUGGGGAGUCAAUUCAUUCAUUGGAGAAGACAGUUUGCUAAUGACUUGCUACUCAUCUUGGUUUUGCUCUUAUUCUAGUUGGAUUUUAUUGCUUAGUCGCUUGACAGAAGACUUUGUCGUUGAUUAGUUAGUUUGAGAGAGUGUUUUGUAAUUUGUUUUGAUGCAAUUGCUUAUAGAGUCAAUUCAUUCAUUGGAGAAGAUAGUUUGCUAAUGACUUGCUAUUCAUCUUGGUUUUGCUCUUAUUCUAGUUGGAUUUUAUUGCUUAGUCGCUUGACAGAAGAUUUUGUUGUUGAUUAGUUAGUUUGAGAGAGUGUUCUGUAAUUUUUUCGAUGCAAUUGCUUAUGCUUUGCUUGCUUCUUCUUUCCAAUAAUGUUCAUUUUCUUUUGUCUUUGUUUUUGGUUAAGGUGUUUGCUCACAAUUGGUUUACGGUAUGUAACAACCUAAUUGAGAUGUCGCUCUCUCUU